CGCAAAUUCGAGCCGGAAAAAUCACGUCUCGCGGUCAAGUCCAUCGAUGUUGUUAUCUGGCUUCGCUCCACCUUUUACAUACUUUGCCUGCCAUUCAUUGGAAGACGCUUGACAGGACAUGGCAUUAGAGCAGGCCAAGAGCAUACCUAAUGGUGUUCAUGAUUUGGACGGUCCCGAAGCGGGCCCCUCCAGACCAAAGGCUCUCUCGCCCUCGGUGCUCGCGGGGAAUGACGCUGGAGAUGACCUCGAGGAGUCUGAAAACUUGGAAAGGCUACAACUUCUCAAAUGUCAGGACGAGUACUUAGAGCUACGGCGCUCCGUGCAGGCCAGUACCGAACUCUUAUCUGGAUUGUCGUCCUAUCUGUCGACAUUUCAGAACGAUUUGUCAGCAGUCUCUGGACAAGUCUCAGAGCUGCAAGAUCGGAGUUCGGCCAUUGACGCAAAGCUGCAGGGCCGUAAGGCUGUCUUACCUUCGUUGUCCGCCUUGGUCGAUGAGAUCCUGUUACCACCUUCAUUGACGGAAACGAUCCGCGAUACGAAGCCUAGUUCAGAUCCGGAAACGUGGCUCGUGGCUAUUGCGGAAUUGGAAAGACGUCUCUCAGCUGUCAAAGCACGUCGGAAAGUCAAAGCGACUCAACAGGUCAUUGCAAUCUUGGAAGGACUUCGAGCCAAAGCUUUGGAACAGCUUCCCCCUUUCUUGCUGAGUCUCAUUCGUCCGUUGAAAUCGGCGUCAACAGGUCUUUCUACCAAUCUGGCGGUCCUCCAAACGUCUGUCCUGCUCAAAUACCAACCCUUCUUCUCCUUUCUCCGGAGGGAAUCUCCACCACUCGCCAAGCAGGUCGAGAGGGGAUACGUCAACGCUGCUAGAGCGUACUUUGAGACUGGCAUGCGUAGAUACACGCGUGCACUGGGUCAAAUCAAGGUUAGAACAGUGGAGAAACCGGAGACCUUCGGUUCGAGUGAUGUAGGAGCAGCAAAUGGCAAAAGUUCAUCAAGAUAUGAUAGGCUACGAUAUGCCAAUCUCGAUGUAGAGGGAGAGGAAGGAUCAGUCGUCCUAGCCUACAUGGCAGAUGACAAGGAUUUCCGUGUCCCGUUGGAAGCCCUGUUCCGCUCGCUAUCCCUGGUUUUGCUCGAUAAUGCCUCUGCAGAAUUCACGUUCAUCGUCCGGUUCUUUUCCCGCUCUGCAUCGACUUUAGAGCGGCCGACUCCCUCUCGACAAGCAUCUCGAGGUGACGAAGUGUCAGAAUCAGGCAGUCGUAUCAGUCGAUUACCUCGACAGCAAGCUGAGCUAAACGAUGACUUCAAAGACGCGGAGCGCAUAUGGCACGAGGUCUUUGAUUCGGCCAUGGAAUACGUUUCGACAUUUUUCGAUACUUACAUUGUCGCCUCCCCACCACCGCCUGCUGUACAACUUCUGACAAUGAUAAGGUUGAAUGAUCGAUUAUUGGAGAUCUGCGAAGCGAGAGGGACCCUACCGCUCGAAUCUUAUCUCCAACGUCAAAAGUUGAGCAUGUGGCCAAUCUUUCGGAAAGAGUUGGACGGUCAUAUUGAUACCUUGAAGAAGCUCGCCGAUGGCGCAGAGGGCAAGGGAGCCCUGUUCGGCAGUAAAGGAGUCAAAGAUGCGACCAUCCGUCAAGCCGCCAUGAAAUACGCGUCAUUAUUCUCGUCCGUCACUGCGUUGAGCGAAGAGGCCGAUGAGGCGAUGAUCUACUCGAGCAUGUCCCGGAUGAGGACCGAGCUCGUCCGAUUAACUCAAACCCAGGCUAGCAAGAUCAAGAAUCCAUCUGAACGUCAUUCAUUCACCUCAUCAAUCUACGAAGUUAUCAUGCACGAAUUGGUCGCCGGGCCGGGAACGGUCAAUCAUCCGAGGAUACAAAGUGAGUUGUCCUUCUUUAGGACAAGGGAAGAAGAAGCGAGGCGGAGGAUGAACACGUAGAAUCACAAACCACGACGACAUAGACA